AGCAUUACUUUGUCAACUAUACCAAGUUUAGGAUUUCAAAGAUUCCACAAAUUGAAAAAUAUCAAUUAAACUAGCUUAAAAACCACAAAAUUUGAAGACAUUAAUGAUGAUUUUUCAUCUAUUAUGCUUAUUUACUCUUCUAUCCACAUCAUUCUCCGCAAAAUUAAACAGAAUGUAUGGUGGACAAGAAGUAAGCAUAGAACAAGUUCCAUUUCAAGUUGCAAUUCUUACAAAUUCACGCUUUUGCUGUGGUGGAUCAUUAAUAUCAUGGAACUUCGUCCUGUCUGCUGCUCAUAAUUUUGGAGAUAGCUAUAACCCCGAGCAUUAUUCUGUUAAAGUAGGAACGAGUGUCCUUAAUGAUGGUAGUGGAUUGACAAUAAAUGUUAAAAGAAUUAUUACUCAUCAUAAAUACAACGAACAUAAAAUUGACUACGAUUUCGCCUUAAUGCAAUUGGAAGAUGUUUACGAAUUUCCAAAAGUUGUACAAUUUGCAAGACUUCCAUCAAUUUUCGAUAAACUUUUUGAUGGAGAUGAAGUUUUUGUUAGUGGAUGGGGAAUGACAGAAACUGGAAAAUCAUCGGAUGUUCUUCUUGGUGGAACUGCAAAAAUUUUCAACUUUGAAAAAUGUUAUGAAGCAAAUGCUGGAUUUUUAACAUCAAGAAUGAUUUGUGCUGUACAUGAAAAUGGAGUAACAAGUCCAUGCAUAGGUGAUAGCGGUGGACCUCUAUUUCGAGAAUCAGAUGGGCUUUUAUUUGGAGUAACAAGUUUCGGCGAUGGUUGUGGAUAUCCAAAGUCACCUGAUGUUUAUGCAAAAGUUACAUCAGCUUUAGACUGGAUUUACGAUGUUAUGAAUUAUUCUGGGGACAUUUAGGAUUGCAUGCUCAAAAAUUCAGAUCAUAACUGCAAAAAAUG